UAAUGCUGUCAAAACCGCGCUCCCCUCUUCGCUUCUGUCGUGAUAUUAUUCAAUUUUUGUUGUGAUUGUGAAGUAAUUUAAUGUGAAUUAAAUGAAUUAAAAAUGUCUCUUAGAAAAGCAUUUACUUUAUCAAAAACUGUGUCAAUAUAUAAUCACUCGCCAAAGUUCAAUUUAACAAAUUCAAAACGUACAAAAUGGUUAUUUACUGCAGAUUCAGUUAGAACUUAUUCCACCGAAAAUAUAGCAGAUAAAAAAGACAGACAACCGGAGAAAGUGGACAUCCUGGGCCGAUUCUUCCCGCAGGCACCUCUCAGCAGUGAGGACGCUCAGACCAUCAAGAAAGAGCAAGAGCAGUUUGAUAAGGAGAACAAGGAGAAGAAUGAAGAAAAUGAAAAGAGUUGGAAGCGGAUGAAGAUUGGUUUCGGCGUGUUCGGCGGCGCGCUGACGGUGAUGGGCGGCUGCCUCGUGGUGGAGAUGGGCGCUCCACGGCGCGGCGAAGACGGGCAGCUGCUGGAGGACGAGUUCUCCAAUCAGCCGCUGGUGCUGCAGUAUCUCAAGAGGACUUGGAAGGAGCUCACUUUCUAUGAGAAGAUGAUCAAAGAGCCAUCUCGCGAGAAACUCCUACCAGACCCGCUGCCGGCGCCGUACCAGCCGACUUACACCCUCGUCUUGGAGUUCACCGACGUGCUGGUACACCCCGACUGGUCCUACCAGACCGGAUGGAGGUUCAAAAAACGACCAGGCCUUGACCAGUUCUUGCAAACCGUAGCCAACUCUAAUUUUGAAGUGGUCAUCUUCACCACAGAGAAUGUGUUUAUGAUCUGGCCAGUCAUAGACAAGUUGGACCCGGAGAAUAAGCUGAUCAAUUACAGACUGUUCAGAGAUUCCACACAUUUCAUUGAUGGAGUUCAUGUCAAGAAUCUUGAUGGGCUCAACAGGGAUCUUUCCAAGGUAAUAGUGGUGGACUGGAACAAGGCGUCGACCAAGUUCCACCCGCAGAACACGCUGAUCCUCAACAAGUGGAAGGGCGUCGAUGACGACACGACGCUGUUGGACCUCGCCAAUCUGCUGCAGACGAUCGCGAUGUCGGAGGUGGCGGACGUGCGCGAGGUGCUGACGUACUACAGCCAGUUCGACGACCCCAUCGCCAUGUUCCGCGAGAACCAGCGCCGGCUGCUGGAGCAGCUCGAGCAGAAGGAGCGCCAGGCGCAGGACCAGCCGCUCACCAGGAACUGGCUGCGCUCCUUCACCCGCCGCUAGCUUCGGACACCUGUCAUUUGCAUCAUAUGGAAAUAUAACCACCGGCUUCUGAAUACUUCUACACUUGUCGACUGACAAACAAUGUUAUAUAGAAAAAGUGUCAUUGGUUCGCUGCGUCUCACUUCGAAUCGAUUCGAUGGUGAGAAGUGAAAAUGCAAACCCGCACUUCGCCCUCUGAUGCCCCUUUUAUAAUUAAUAGACAGCACAAAAUCACUUGCCUCAUUUGUGACGAAGAAAACUGACAGUCAGAAAUCUAAUUUAGUAAUAAAACUUCUAUAUUUUGCUGUUGCCCUUUCCAUAAUUAAAAACAAAGCUAAUUAAACCUUUGUCAUGUUAAACUAGGCCAACUAAUUUCAUAUUUAUUUUCUUGAAAUUGAAGAGACUAAACCAAUUUAAAACCCUCACUGUACCCUCACGGCAGUACAAAACAAUUUUCAUUCAUUUACCAACUGCUCAAUCUUUAUGUAUUUAUGCUAGUAUCUAUGUAUGUAUCAGUUAUAGUCAAAGUGCUGUUCUAGACCAGUUAAUCCAGGAAUUAGGACUAUUUGUCAAAGUUUAUAUCGUAUUGACUCAUUUUCACUUUUUGAGAAGAAAUAUUAUGUAAAACAAUAAAAUCAAAUACCUAUAAAGUCAGAUAUUAUUUGUUAUUGGAAGACAAUGAAAUGAUAAAUUUACUGUUUUUGGAGCGAUUAUAAUUAAACACGUUUUUAUUACGUUGGGCGACGUCGACAAACUAUUUGUUCCUAUCUACUAUGUAUUGUACAAAGUUAAUGCAAUUCUUCCUUAAAUAUUACUCUAUUUUUGUUUUGUUUAUAAUGUAAUUAUAAGCAUGUAAGUACUUAUUGUUUUCGGUUGACGUCCCAUCGUUCUGUUAUAUCUACACAAAUGCAGUUUUAAACUUACCAGUUCCAGACGAUGAGAGACCUUAGUACCGGAAGCGGUAAGAUUAAAAUCGCAUUGGGAAGCAUUUGUUAUGUUGGUAAAUUAAUUUUAUGUGUAAAUGUUGGCAUGAUUGCUUAGCGUGAGUGUGGGAGUGUUUGUAUUGUAUCUCAGUCAUUAUAGAUAGGAAAUAUAGACGUUAAUUAAU